UCCUUAAAACAAAGAUUCUUAUGGUAGGUGCUGUCUGAGCUUGUAUGAUACUUCGGUCACGUGUGUCAAAAGAUACAUGAAUCCAACUAUAGUAAUCUGUCUGUAGAACACUGGAAAUCAUGGAGGAAGGAAUAUAAUGGAGGGAGUGCGCCGUAUCUCGGCAAUGUAAAUUCUUGGCACCAGUGCAAGCACCUUUUAUUACUCUUUUCAAUUAGCGCGCCCUUCACCGCGCAUGCUUACUUUAAUAAUUUCAUCAGCCAGCACUGACCAGUGUCGUACGAUUCUGUUUUUGUCAUUUUCGCUUUUAACCUCGUGUUUAGUGUGAACGUUUUGUUUUGAAUUUGCGAUAAGCGUUUCAUGUUUAUUUAAAAACUUAAAAUGGUUAGUUGCAAAUUGUGUAAAGUUACGAGUGGCUCCAGGUCAACAAUUGGUAGAGAAAAAAUAACGUUUCACAGGUGUCCCCAGAAACCUGAAUUAAAGAAACUGUGGACAGACUUCCUUUAUCUUCACCUAGAAAAUUCUGUGUCUGUGAACAACUUUUUCCUGUGUUCAUUUCAUUUUGAAGAAAAGUGUUUUGAUAGAACAUCAGCCCAGAAAGUAGUUUUAAGACCACAUUCAGUACCAACUAUUUCUUAUACUUAUGAAGAAAGGAUUACCAAUGUAGUGACCUUUAGAGGCAAUGAAACGCAUCACACAGAAGUUUGUGACGCACCUUCGGUAGAGCCUCAACAGAAUAUAGAAGAUGAAUUGUCUAAUAAAGUUUUUGAAAUUACAAAGAAACUUGAAAAUUUAACAACAAAAACAUGUGCAAACGUUUUACUGAAACAACAAAUUAACAACCUGAAGACAUUAGUGUCACAACAACAAUGCACUAUUAAAACGUUAAAACGCAGAACCUCAAAACAGCAACGCAAAAUUUGUAAUCUGAAAGAUGUUGUUUCAAGUUUAAGGAAGAAAAUCAACUAUUAUGAAAACAACAGUGUGGAUGUUAAUAAAUUUCAGGAAAAUACAGAACUGUUGAGCAGAAUGUGGGCUAAAAUUAACAACAAACCAUUGCCAAAUCAAUAUGGGCCAGAAAUAAGAAAAUUUGCCGUUACAACACAUUUCUACUCCCCAAAGGCUUUUUCUUUUAUAAGAAAACAAUUCAUGGACUGUCUUCCACACCCAAAAACUUUGUCUGUAUGGUAUUCUUCAGUGAAUGGUGCACCAGGUUUCACAAGUGAGGCAUUCGAUGUGUUAAAAGCAAAGGCUGAAGAACGUAAAAUUGUGUGUUCUUUAGUGUUCGAUGAAGUUGCUAUUAAACGCUGCAUUGAAUAUGAUGGGCAACAAUAUUAUGGAUAUGCUGAUAUGGGUAGUAUAAUCGAAGUAAAUGAAAAUGAAGAGGCCAAAGAAGCUUUAGUUUUCAUGCUGGUUGCUAUAAAUGGCUCUUGGAAAAUCCCCGUGGGUUACUUUUUAAGCCAUUCUUUAAAUAGUGAGCAAAAAUUAGGUUUACUAAAACAGUGUUUAUUUUUAGUAAAAAGUGUAGGAAUUGAAAUUAGCAAUAUUACAUUUGAUGGUUGUGCGACAAAUUUGUCAAUGGCAUCUGCAUUAGGUUGCUCAUUUAGCCCUUCUAAUUUGAAAACAAACUUUGGUGAAGAGAAUAUACUUCUUUUACUUGAUCCUUCACACAUGAUGAAAUUAAUACGUAACACAUUUGGUGACAAAAGAAGAAUAGUCGAUGGAGAGAAUAAUGUUAUUGAUUUUAAAUACUUAGAACUUCUAAAUGAACUGCAAGAAAAUGAAGGGCUGCACCUUGCAAACAAACUACGUAGAAGACAUAUAAAUUUUUUUAAACAAAAAAUGAAAGUUGCUCUAGCUACACAGUUAUUAAGCAGGUCUGUCUCUGAAGCUUUGACGUUUUGUCGAGAUAUUUUACAGCUUGAUCAGUUUAAGAACUGUGGAGCAACGGCUACCUUGAUUUUAAAUAUUAAUGACGCUUUUGACAUAUUAGCAUGUUUGCGAAAACCUUUUCUUAUAAAGUUUUCCUUAUGCUUACAAUUAUAAUUUAUAAUUAUAGUUAUAAGUAUAAAUUGUAACAGUUAUGCUGACGGCUUAGAACCUUACAUUGACAAGCAGAACUGACUUUCUGUCACGCAAAUUGAUUCAUUUUGCCCAUGAAUAAUUUAGAAAUUUUGGCUACUUUUGGCAAUACAGAAGAUGUACAGAACUACUUAGUGCAUCAGUUAAUACAAAAAGAGUUAACAGAAAAGCGUUAUUCAUAUACGUGUGUUAAAUUCAACAUGAAUAGCAUUCCGCCAGAAAACUUUCGUUUUCUUUUUCGAUUUGAAAAAGAACAUAUAAUUAAAUUACAUCAAGCUUUGCAAAUGCCUGCAAAAUGGGUUACACCAGAUGGUCAUGUCAUUGAAGGUUUAUUAUUAUCUACAAUCGAGAAGAAAUUCCGUAUUUUUAAACACUCUUCAUUUAUAGGUCUUGCAGGAUUAUGUCUCGUUUUAAGACGAUUUUCUUACCCAAACAGACUAAAAGGAUUGCAAAAUGAAUUUGGAUUACAUUUUUCGUCAAUCAGUAAAAUUUUAAAGUUUGUUGUUACUUUUAUAUUCAAGAAAUGGGCCAAGUUAUUAUUAAAUUUUGAUAAAAACAUAUGGUUAACGCAAGGUUUUCUCGCAGAGGUGGCUGCCUUCGUACAUAAGAAAGGUGCUCCUUUAAGAAAUUGCAUUGGGUUUAUCGAUGGUACUGCCCGGGCAAUUUGUAGACCAUCAAAAUUUCAAAAAGAAGUUUACAGCGGACAUAAAAGAAUACAUUGUCUGAAAUUUCAAUCAAUCACCGUUCCAAACGGUAUCAUUUUACAUUUAAGUCCUCCGUAUUCUGGCAGACGACAUGACUCUUUUAUCCUUAAAAAUUCAAAAAUCUUAGAGCAAAUGAAGCUCCAUUGCCCACAGUUUUGUUUAUACGGUGACGAAGGGUAUCCAUUAGUGCAACAAUUAAUAAGACCAUUUUCUAAUCAUAAUUUAACAGAGCAGCAACAAAUGUUUAAUACCAAAAUGUCCAAAAUACGCCAAUGCGUAGAAUGGAGUUUUGGUAAAAUAACAACGCAAUUUGCGUUUGUUGAUUUUAAAAAAAAUCAAAAACUUUUUCUGCAACCAAUAGGUCAGUAUUAUAUUGUGGCUGCAUUACUAACGAAUGCGCAUACAUGUUUUUAUGGAAGCACAACUUCUCGAUACUUCGAUAUAGAAUCACUAGAUAUUAUGGAAUAUUUUCAAUAAUUUCUUUUUAAUCAAACAAUUACCUUUAAUUAAUAUGUUAUUAUUAAAUAAACAUUUAAAAGCUGUAAUUAUUUCAAAAAUUAUGUCAGAUUUUUAUUAUUUAAAUUUUGUGUUAAAAUGUUUUCCAAAAAUCUGUUUAAAAUUGCAUUUUUUUGUCUUUCUAUUUUACGGCCCUCUUCCUCCUCUUGCCAUUUUUUCUGUUCGAACUCAAGUCUAGCUUUUUUGAAUUCCAACUCUUCUAUUUGAAUUUUCAUAUUAUCUUGAUGUUGCUUUUCUUUAAAUCUUAAUUGUUCUUGUAGUAGCUGACUUUCCCGUUUCAUUUUUUCAAUUAAAUAUGAAAAACUUGUUCCAUCUUUAGUUCCAUUUCUCGUCUUUCGUGCUGCCGCUGUAUAAACCCUGCUAGAUUCUUGGUUGAACCCUUCACGACCCCCACGCUCACCAUCAAUAUCAGUGUCAUUAAAAUCGUCAACAGUGUGAAAAAAUAUUUCAUUGUCCACGUCAGUGGCUUCUGUUUCUAAUAUUUGUUCACUAUUACAAGUUUCAAUAGGAUUGUCCAAACUUUGCAGAGCAGCUUGGCGAAUUGCUUUUGCAGGCAUAACCUCGUCGAAUUUUUGGCCACUGCAUCUUUUUUUACCCCGUUCAUUUUUUUUAUUUUCUAUGUCCAUUUGUGCCACAUCUUCAUAUUGCGACCAGACAGUCAGAAGUUUUCUAACAGCGUCGCCCCACUCAGUCUGUAUCCGUUCUUUCCCACUUUCUGUAGCUUCGUCGGCAUCAAAUUUUCUAAAUUUUAUUACUUGUUCCAACAUAUGAUCUUUUAAUAAUUUGAAGCUACAGUUCUGAAAGCGCUCUCUUUCGUCUUCACUUACGACUGCAUGAAGUUUUUUCCACACAUCUUCUUCGUUUGUAAAUUCAGUCUCGCAAAGAAGGUCGAAUAAUGCAUUCAAACAUUUUAUACGUUCCCUCUCUGAGAAUCGAAAUCGUUUCUUUUUCAGUUGCGACAUAACUAAUUAAAGUUCUAAAUGACACUGACUGACAUUGUAGAAAAAUUCUACUAUUGUCAAUAUAAGAAGUAACGAUUGUGAGUGUUAUAAUUAUAAGACAUAGUUAUAAGGAUAAGUGUAAGCAUAAGAAAAAAUUUAUAAGAAAAUGUUUUGCGCAAACACGCUAUUGAAUUCGCGCAGAAUAAAGGAAUUUGGUUACAAGCAAGCAUUAAAUAAGUAUAAUAUUAAUCAGGUAAAAACGUUUGUGAAUUGCUUUACUUCGUAUAUAUCCAAAUUGAGAUUUUUUAACAAAGAUUUAAUUAUUCACUCGCCCCGUAAAACAGGUUUUAUAGGUUUUGUAGCUGGUUUACAUGCAGUAUUAAAUAUUUAUGAACAAUAUGUAGUGGGUGAUGGAGGAACGUCAAUUUUACAGUAUCUGCCCACCUAUAAAUGCAGUCAAGAUCAUUUGGAAAAUUUUUUCUUCCAAAUUAGAAAUUUAGGGGGCUGCAAUAAUAACCCUACUACUCGUUAGUUUAAAUCUGCAUAUAAAAAAUUAUUAAUACACGCAGAAAUAAAUCACAGUGGUUUUGGAAACUGUGUACCCUUAGAGCAAGUAAAUAUUUUGACAUGUUCGUCUCGAAUUAAAAAACUCGAAAAUAUUAUUAAUUCUGAUCAAUUGAUAUUAACGAGUGACGUACAAGUUACUCAGGAAAGUGACGUUAAUUUUGAACAUAAUUAUUUCUUUACGCAGGAAUCUUUAACAAAUUUUUGUGAGGAAGUUGUGAUUUACAUUGCUGGAUUUGUUGCUUUUAAAUUAGCCAAAUCUUUGAAAUGUGAAAUAUGUAUAUCAUGCCUUUUUGGUAUAAAAGAGAACUUAUUAGGAAGUUUUGUUGAUUUCAAAUCAAAGGGGGGAUUGAGCUAUCCUAGUGACGAUGUGAUUGCCAUUUGCGUACAAAGUGAAAAAACUUACAGAACACAUGAGCGAGUACAUACCAAACUUAGUAAAUGCAAAAUUGUAAUUGACAUCAUUGAAAAUUUAAACUGUGAGAAAUUGCUUCAUAGAAAUCACCCCCAUACAUCUUUUUUGUUGAAAGAAAUAAUUAAUAUUUAUUUGAAUUUGCGUAUAAAAUACAGUUGUAAAAGUAAGUCUUAUUUAGUAGAUUCUGAUAGGCAAAGAUAUACUAAGUUGAUUCAUUUUAAAGGGCAAUAAAGUUACAAAAUGUGGUUUAUUUAAAAAAAAAAUGUAAACAACAUGUUAAGUUUUAUUAUAUGGAGAAAAUCUAAAACAUAUUUGAUUGCGUUGACGUUUUACUUUGUUUCUUCUUAUAUAUAUAUUUUUUAUUCUUAUACUAUUUUUCAGAAAAGUAUCAAACCUUUAGUUGAAACGAACUCAUCUUUGUAGUAAUCCUGUAUUCUUUUUAUUUAAAUUGUAUGUAUUUCCUUUAAGUGAAUUUAUCUUUAUUUUGUAAUAUUGUAUUCUUUUAAUACCCUAUAAAAACAUAUAUGUUAUUUAUGUUAUUAUUAUCUAGUACAUAUUUGUAAAUUAAUAUUAAUUAUUAUACAAAUUAUAAAGUACAGUUCUCUUACUGCCUUUUAAUAAAAUUAUUUUAAGACCCACCGCUAACCCGAAAAUGACUGGCAUUGAGGCAACAUUUCUAUGAUUACUGGUACUAAGACCAAGUAAUGAUAUGCAUUGAUUGGAUUAAUAA